GCUGGCAGAAUGCUACUAGUCUCUAGUAGCUACUGGUGCAAUCUGAUUCCAAGGCCAUCUCGCAUCUUCGAUCUCAAAGUGAAAUAUCAUCAUCAUGUCGGGAGCUCUGUUUCCCAGUCUGGUGUCGGGGUCCCGCGGCUCCUCUAGCAAAUUCCUGGUUGAGUUUCGGGCCGGGAAGAUGACCAUGAAGGGUAGCACGGUGACUCCAGACAAGCGCAAGGGACAAGUCUAUGUUCAGCAAACCGACGACUCCCUCAUUCAUUUCUGUUGGAAGGAUCGGACCUCUGGAAACGUGGACGAUGACCUGAUCAUCUUCCCAGAUGAUUGUGAGUUCAAGAGAGUGAACCAGUGCACUACUGGUCGGGUGUUUGUACUGAAGUUCAAGGCUGGCUCCAAGAGGCUGUUCUUCUGGAUGCAGGAGCCCAAAACUGAAAAGGAUGAGGAGUACUGUCGUAAAGUGAAUGAGUAUCUGAACAACCCUCCCAUGCCUGGGGCCCUUGGCAGUGGAGGCAACAGCGGGCAUGAACUGUCUGCUCUGGGGGGUGAGGGUGGACUGCAGAGUCUGCUCGGUAACAUGAGUCACAACCAGCUCAUGCAGCUCAUUGGACCAACUGGACUAGGUGGUCUUGGAGGUCUUGGGGCUCUGGCUGGACCAGGCCUGGCCAGCCUGCUCAGUAGUGGAGGUCCUGCAGCCGGCAACUCCUCUUCAAGUCCAUCUCAAUCUCCUGCUGUCACCCCCACCUCUACCUCGGCUGCCACCCGGCUGGGCUCCUCCCAGGUGCCAACCACACCCAUCACCCCGUCUGCCACCAGUGCAGCGUCACCCAUGGCCUCACCUACCAUCCCGGUUGCCCCCUCCAUCGCAGCUGGGGCAGCCAGCCCCACCCAGCCCAUCCAGCUGAGUGACCUGCAGAGUAUCCUAGCAACCAUGAACGUACCUGCGGCUGGGCAGGGAGUGGACCUGGCCAGUGUUGUGACCCCUGAGAUCAUGGCUCCUAUUCUGGCCAAUGCUGAGGUCCAGGAGAGGCUGCUGCCCUUUCUGCCGUCAGGAGAGUCCCUGCCUCAGAGCACCGACGAGCUCCACAACACACUCACCUCUCCACAGUUUCAGCAGGCCAUGAGUCUGUUCAGCAGUGCCCUGGCGUCGGGGCAGUUGGGGCCUUUAAUGAACCAGUUUGGUCUGCCAACAGAAGCUGUGGACGCAGCUAACAAAGGAGACGUUGAGGCUUUUGCUAAAGCCAUGGAGACAGACAGCAAGUCUGACCAUGAGGAUGACGCCAAAGACAAAAAGGAUGAAGAUAUGAGUUUGGAUUAGGACCCUCUGUUAGUUCUGUUUAACUUAAUGUAUUUUAUUUAAAUUAUUUACUGGUUGUGAUGUUGUUCAGAGCACUGAAGCUGUGGACCAUUUACCUCUGUACAUGUACUCAGAAUAGAGAUAUUUUUUAAAAAAUAAGAAAAAAAGGCACGUAA